AUGUUUUGGCGUUGCAGACAAAGUAUCUUUGCUGAAAUGAAGAAGAAAUUUUCACAGGUGGAAAGUGCUGCUGAGGAACCCAGGGUGUUAUGUAUAAUACAAGAUACCACAAAUUCCAAGACAGUGAAUGAGCGUGUUACCUUGAACUUGCCAGCUUCCACACCACUUAAAAGGCUGUUUGAAGAUGUGGCUUCAAAAGUGGGCUACGUGAAUGGAACUUUUGAUUUAAUGUGGGGAAAUGGAUAUAAUGUAAUUGAUACGACUCCAAUAGAUCAGAACAGUGACAAAACUAUUCUUGAUGCUGGUUUUGAGCCAGGGAAGAAGAACUUUCUGCAUUUGACAGACAAAGAUGGUGAACAGCCUCAUAUAAUGCCGGAGGAGUUGGGUUCAACCGAUGACAGUGUGCAAGACAGAUUUGUAGGCCCUGUUCCAAGAGAAGGCUCUGCUGGCUGUACCAAUGACUAUGCCAGUCAAAACUAUUCUUAUUCUUCAGUCCUGAGCAAAUCGGAGACAGGUUAUGUGGGGCUAGUAAAUCAAGCAAUGACUUGCUACUUGAACAGCCUUCUACAAACACUUUUCAUGACUCCAGAAUUUAGAAAUGCAUUAUAUAAGUGGGAAUUUGAAGAAUCUGAAGAGGAUCCUGUGACAAGUAUUCCCUACCAGCUUCAAAGACUGUUUGUUUUACUGCAGACCAGCAAAAAAAGAGCAAUUGAAACAACAGAUGUUACACGGAGUUUUGGAUGGGAUAGUAGUGAGGCAUGGCAGCAACAUGAUGUACAGGAGCUUUGUAGAGUCAUGUUUGAUGCUUUGGAGCAGAAAUGGAAGCAAACAGAACAGGCGGAUCUUAUAAAUCAGCUGUACCAAGGCAAACUGAAGGACUAUGUAAGGUGUCUAGAAUGUGGCUAUGAAGGCUGGAGAAUUGACACUUACCUGGAUAUCCCGUUGGUCAUCCGGCCGUACGGCUCCAACCAGGCGUUUGCUAGCGUGGAAGAAGCACUGCAUGCUUUCAUUCAGCCUGAGAUUCUUGAUGGCCCAAAUCAGUAUUUUUGUGAACGAUGUAAGAAGAAAUGUGAUGCAAGGAAGGGUCUGCGGUUCUUGCAUUUUCCAUAUCUGCUGACAUUACAGUUGAAAAGAUUUGACUUUGAUUAUACCACUAUGCACAGAAUUAAACUCAAUGAUCGUAUGACUUUUCCUGAGGAGUUAGACAUGAGCGUCUUCAUUGAUGUUGAAGAUGAGAAGUCUCCUCAGACUGAGAGUUGCACUGAUAGUGGAGCUGAAAAUGAAGGCAGUUGUCACAGUGAUCAGAUGAGCAAUGAUUUUUCUAAUGAUGAUGGAGUUGAUGAAGGAAUCUGCCUUGAAAGCAAUAGUGCAGCAGAAAGAAUUUCUAAAGUUUGCAUUGAAAAGAAUUCUUUACUGUAUGAGCUCUUUUCUGUUAUGGUUCAUUCUGGAAGUGCAGCUGGUGGCCAUUAUUAUGCCUGUAUAAAAUCUUUCAGUGAUGACCAGUGGUACAGCUUUAAUGAUCAGCAUGUUAGCAAGAUAACUCAGGAAGAUAUUAAGAAAACAUAUGGUGGAUCUUCUGGAAGCAGAGGCUAUUAUUCCAGCGCAUUUGCUAGCUCCACAAAUGCAUACAUGCUGAUAUACAGACUGAAGGAUCCAACGAGAAAUGCAAAGUUUCUUGAGGCACAUGAAUAUCCAGAGCAUAUUAAACAAUUGGUACAGAAAGAGAGAGAAUUGGAAGAACAAGAAAAGAGGCAACGUGAAAUUGAGCGCAACACGUGCAAGGUUAGAAUUUCUACUAAGUAA